AUGGCAAAAAUGACGUGGUGCGUUGAGGAGACUCCGAACCGAAACUGGCGGGCGAGAACCGAGGAGUCCCCAAGCCACGCCACUCCACCCCAAUUUCCUUGUGAGAGCCGAGGACGCAAGCGAGAGCGGAGGAGCCACAUCCGGAUCUGCAUCCUGCCGCUCAACUCGACCGCGCGUUCACGCCACAGGCAGGACUCAGGAGGAAGAGAAUCGAUGGUGCACGGAACGCUGGAGGUGCUGCUCGUCGGCGCCAAGGGCCUCGAGAACACCGAUUACCUCUGCAAUAUGGAUCCGUACGCACUUCUCAAAUGCCGCUCGCAGGAGCAGAGGAGCAGUAUUGCAUCAGGCAAAGGUAGUAACCCUGAAUGGAACGAAAGCUUUGUCUUCACCGUGUCAGACCAUGCUACGGAGCUGGUGAUCAAGCUUAUGGACAGCGACUCGGGCACAUCGGACGACUUUGUUGGUGAAGCAACGAUUCCUUUGGAAGCAGUUUAUACCGAAGGGAGCAUUCCACCAACAGUUUAUAAUGUUGUGAAAGGUGAACACUACUGUGGAGAAAUCAAAGUCGGUCUCACAUUCACUCCCGAGGAUACUCGCCAGCGCGGUCUCCCCGAAGACUUCGGUGGCUGGAAACAAUCGCAUUGA